AUUAGUGAUUCAAACGUCACUUUUGGUUCAUUUAAAAGACUUUUGUUGUUUGUGUUUAUCAUUGAUCGCAAUCUCAAGACAUCAACAGUUUAUAUCCAAUUAGUGAUGAAUUGAUUGAUUUAUUUUUAUAUUACACAAGAAAUGGAUGAAUUGGCCGACGAGUUAAGCAGUACUAUGAUUGAUGUCGACCAUCACAUCAACACAUCCAAUGUGCCCAACAAUGGCAACCAUGAUAUUGAUGGUCAAACAGAUGCCAUCAUGAGAUCAGUUAAGAGCCAGAAACCAGUGGCCAGAAGUGCAUCCAUUUUGAUUCGGUCUAAACUAUUGAUAUUAUCGGACUCGGAGUCAGAUGAAAGCAAUUGUGGAUCAAAUAGUAAGACUAAUCAAAUGUCUGCACGAAAGGCAAAGCGAAACAACAAAAAACAAAACCCAUUGAACUCUAAGACUUUAUACCAAAAGGAUUAUCACAACAAUGGUUAUCAAAUGUCUUUACACUCGACUUCAUAUACGGGAAAAAGGAAGAGAAGUUCAACCAUUUCGGAACCAAACCAUUCUUCCACUUCCACUAACGUCUCAAUUCAAAUGGAUUGCGAUAACGAUAUGACUGAGACUUCUUCAUUAAGCGAAACAUCCGAUGAUUAUAAUUCCGACUAUGAUUUUGAUGGCGAUGACGAACAAUCAGACUUCUAUGAAGUAAUAAAAACAAACAAAACACCUCAAAGACAACGACAUCACAAUCACUCGCAUACUUCGCGAGCCAUUGAUUUUGCGGUUCCGUCGGUUCGGAAUCCGUUCCUAACAAUGGGUUUGUCUCCGGCUUCGACUUCUUUUAAUUCAACUUUCUCUUCAGCCAACAUGUUAUGGAAACGUCGCCGAAGAAUGCAUUGACUAAAUGUCUAACUAAUUGUCUAAUUAAUGACAUAUAAUACAUAUUUUAUUUAUUUUUGUAAAUUUUGUUUUAUUUUUGCUUUUGGUUUGGAAUCUAUUCAU